AUGGCGAUGUAUGAUGAUUUUCUUGUUUCACAUGGUUACGAAAUUUUUGAACAAGCAAGAAAAUUAAGUGAUGAAGAGUCUGAACAUGAUCCAGAAACUGAGCCGUUUAAGUCUAAAUACAAAGCUAGAGAACUGUUGCAAGGACUAAAAGAGCGUGUCGAUAGUUUUCGAAAUGAAGAGCCAGAUGACUCGAAAUUUGUAUGUGCUGAAGCGGUUAUUGAACUGACACUUGGCAUUAACUUCGGUGAUACUGAAGAAUUCGCAGAAGGGGAAAACCACCUAAAGAAAUGCCUGCAGGUGAUUGAAAAAAUUAAGUACACAGAACAAGCAGCAGGCAUUUAUCAAAUGGCACUAAAUCAAAUUGGAAUUAUUACAACAGGUCGUUUCAAAUAUGAAGAUGCCCUAGAAUAUUUAAAACGGGCUGAAAGUUGCUAUAAAUCCUUCAUAGAUAAUGCUGGGAAUGCACCUCAUUCAGUCACAGAAUUCUUUCAAAAACCAAAUGAAGAUGAGAAUGAUUGUGCUCACAAACGGUCACAAUCAUUUGAACGGGAAUACACACACACACUCUACUACAUUGCACAGGUUUUUGCAAAAAUGGGUGAGAAAAAGGAAUCAGCAAAAUACUGUCAUGUCACACUGAAACGGCAAUUAAAUGCCAAGGACUAUAAACCUCUAGAUUGGUCACUAAAUGCAGCAACCCUGUCUCAGUAUUAUAUAAAUGUUGAUGACUUCACAAGCUCGCGUCAUUGCCUUGCAAGUGCAAGUGUCAUAUUUGAUGAGGCACUGUCAACAAUGCAUGAUAUUCCAGAAGAUGACAAGGAAAAACUGAUUCAACAGAAGGCAGAUAUUGACAGAUGCUGGGCUAAGUAUGGCCUAGCAUUACUUGAAGUUUCAAAAGACCACUGGCUAAAAGAAGUAGAUUCACUCCCUGCCAAUUUAAAUGAUUUAUCUCUCGAUCAAAAAGAGGAUCACAAUGCAGAUUUGAAACAAUCAUCCACCGAGGUUGAAGGUGCUUCAGGGGAAGAAGCCCAAGGUGCAGAAGCUGAAGAUAAUUGUAACAUGUUGGAUGUUGAAAAAACAGAAGCCUCAUCGAGAUUUGACCUAGAAUUAACUUACCACGAAGAACAGAUUACUGACAAGUAUGCCCAUGACUUUACUGAAGCUCGUGAAGUUUUCCUGUGCAUACAGAAGUGGUUGAAUUCUGCAAAAGAGUUUUAUGUAUGUGAUGGUUAUUGUACAGACUACAUUGAAAUAAUGCGAGAUUACAGUUUAGCCUUCAAGCUCCUUUCUUUUUUUGAACCUGAUAUGGAAAGGCAAUGCAAGAUGCAUAAGCGCAGAAUAGAUAUUUUGUCUGACACACUUGAUGGCCUGAAUCCUCAGCACUACCUGCUUGUCUGUCGCCAACUGAUGUUCGAGUUGGGCGAGACUUACAGCGCCAUGAUGGAUCUCAAACUUGCUCUCUUGGAAACCCAAGGCAAUUCACCUUCAGCCCAUGCCGUGAAGAAGAUAAACAGCUUGAUUGAAAAUAGCAUAAAGCAGUACAGAGCAUACACAGAUUCUCUUAAAGGUGGCAAAACAGAGUUACCUGAAGAGUUUUCUGAAAUGGACGUCCGACCAGCUCUGGUAGCAUUUUUCUGUAUGGGGCGUUUAUAUUCUAAAUUUAUUACUAGCAAUUCAGAGCACAAACUGGCCUUCUUGAAAAACAGUUUUGACUGCUACAAGACUGUUGCUGAUUAUGUGGAGAAAAAUCCCUCUGCAAAGGAAAUAGUAUCCAGUGAACUUCCUAUCUGUCAAGAAAUGGUUAUAUUGCUGCCAGCAAAAAUGGAUAAAAUUAGAGAUGGGCUUUUAUAACUUGUUUGGCAAAAGUCCCAGACUGCAAUUUGUAUGACAUUUCAUAUUAUGCUUUCACUGUUGCUACAUGUGAUAAAGAAGCAUGCAUACACACAUGUACAGCUGUAGAAGUAUGUGUGUAUCAGAUAUCUGUAUUUCAAAAGAACUGCUUAACUAACAGUCACUUUAAAAUUUAUAUAAACUUUUCUGUGUCGGAAUGAGGGAAAGUGCAAAUAAGCCAUUGCUGUUAAUGAAAAAAUGUAGCAGAUUGACAUUUCCACUAAAGACUGGUUCAGAAUUAUCAACACUGAAAUUCAGUGGCAAAGUUUAUUAGUUUAUUAAUACAAGUCAGAAUGACGUUUUACUUUUAUUGUUAAACUGAUGCAAAAAUACAUGUUUUGCUAGGUUUUGAAAUCAAGAUGAUGUGCACAAAUGUAUACUGGUACAUUUAUCUACAUUCGUGUAAUUUCAUUCUAGACCUCUGAAAAUUGUGAGAGUGAGUUUCGUUCUUGCGUUAAUCGCAUAAGUAUAGUUUGCCUAACCCAUUUUUCGUUUGCACAUUGAAUUUAUUACAGCAUUUACAUGAUCAUGACGCAUUACGUAAAAACAAAAUGGGUUACCUGAAUUUGUUUUUGCGUAACCCAUAAAUGGUUUACGCCAAUUUUCAAUUCUCAGGUACCUGUAUUGGCACCAACAGUUUCAUUUAAUUUUUCAAGUUGGCUGUCAAUAUGUUAUUUAUUUUGAUAGCAAUCUCUUUUAGAAACAGAAAAGUAUAAUUAUGUUACAUUGUCUCAACAUGAAGAUCUUGAGAAUGUUUUCUGAAUUUAGGUGUUUAUCAUUUGUAACAGAGUUAUGGUGAUAUAACUUAGGAGAUAACUUGAGAGAUAAGAGAAAAAAAAAAAAUGUCCAGCCUUUUUUUUUUUGGCAAUGCCUUUUUUUGUAUAAAAUUUUGUACAUUUAGUAUAAACUUACAGAUCAAGUUUAACUUUAAUGGUGAUUUUUUCGCAGAUUUAUGGCCCUUGAACUUAGGAGAUAUGAAAAUUUGUUGGGCCCGGUAGGGGACAUGUAUUGCCUCAGCAGUACUCUGAAUGCUUGUUACAAUGGGUAAAGUACAUAUAUGUAUAAGUACAUCAAUACAAGGCCAUAGGAAGCAGUAAUUUAAUUUUAAUUAAAAAAAGAGAAGAAAACAUGGUGUUAAUCCUGUUCAAAAUAUGUUGUUAAAGAAAACAAAACUUCUGCUUCAAAAUGCCUCAGAAUGCAGCAAAAAGCAACAAAGGAAAAUGAAGCAGGUCUUGUGGGUAUUGCAUCCUUCAUGCAUGGUGGUGUCUAACUGGGCCUUGCCAGUCUUUUUGGCGUAUUCUAGUGUACACUGCUGGAGCAGGAUGUAUCUCAGUGGUUGAGUGCUCGCCUGUGGUGCGGUGAAUCAUAGCACUGAUUGCCUUCUGUGGACUGUUUUCCUCGUCUUUCCCAGUGACUAGUAUAUCCAAGGUUGUAGUAUUUUGUACUGUCCUGUCCAUGAGAAAGUGCAUAUAAAAUAUUCCAUGCUGCUUUAUUGGUAAAAAUAGCCUAUCAUGUAUGGGUCAGCAGUGGGUUUUCUCUCUUUGCAACCAAGUGUUGAAAAUGUGUUGAGAUGAUGUUGAACAAAGAUAUGUUUCUUAUGUGUUGCUUUCCCCAUGCAAAUGUAGGCAAUCCACGGCUAGCUCUGGCAAUCGCCAAUUGCAAAUUUUGAAAGCAUUUGGCGAAUUUUAUUUUAAUUGGGUGAAAUAAUUUAACUGACAUUUUUAAGACAAUAACUGUUGAUUUCUGCAAUUUUUGAAGUUUAAUAGACAAUUUAGCCAAAUCUUUUGCUCGCUCAGAGCUAGCCCUACAAUCGAUAUGUACUGGGUGGAUAUUCUCUGUGUGUCUAAAUCCAUGACAUGGUGAUUGGGGAAAGGAAAAUAUAACUGAUAAUCUAAGAAAAUAGUUGUAUUUAAAAAUUCACAUGUACAAACGCUUCAUGAUGAAGCUAGUAUUGGUGAUAGCGACAUUGUGACUGUUCUACUGAUUUGGUUUGAACCUAUUUUUUGCACUUGUAAACAUCCAAGUUUUAGUUGAUACGGAAACUGAAUAACUGAAAUGCAUUCAUUAGUAUUUUGUUGAAAUGCAUGUACAUAUUACACAUAUAGAUACAUGUAUUAAAAUGCAAUGAUAA